GCAGGCAAGCGUAGCACGUCAGACGCGUGCACAACGUCGCGCAGCACGUCGCACGACUGCGCGCAGCUUCCAGCCAUGCCCUUCCAGCAGCCGACGCCGGCCCAGCUCGCGCGAGAAGCGAGCACGGACGAGAAGAGCACCCAGUCCAACUGGCGCGACGCGCAGGCGACGCACGCCUCGAUCGAGUGGCGCGUCGACUUUGACAAUGAGGUGCUAACAGGCGCUGUCACGUACGACGUCACAAAUAAAAGCAACGCGUCGACGUUCGUGGUGGACACGCAUUCGGGCCUGACCAUCCACCGGGCGUAUGUAGAUAAUGUGGAAGCGGAAGUGUUACUAGGCAAGCCCCACGCCAUCUUUGGUGUGAGCGCGGCCGUGCCCCUCCCACCGGCAAAAAAGACGUGCCAAGUGCGGUUCGAAUACUCGACCGCUCCAGAGUGCUCGGCCGCGCAGUGGUUAAGCCCAGCGCAGACCGCCGGGAAAAAACGACCCUACCUCUUCACGCAGUCCCAGGCGAUUCAUGCGCGCGCGUUGCUCCCGUGCCAGGACGCGCCUGGCGCGAAGAUGUCCUGGGACGCGGUCGUCGACGCGCCGCAAUGGGCCACGGCUCUCAUGUCCGGUCUCCAAGCCGAGUCGCUCCCCUUCAUCCACAAGAAGUGCCCUCCCGUCGAAGAUGGAUAUAGGAGAUGGUUCUGGAAACAGCCCGUCCCGACGUCGUCCUAUCUCAUCGCGAUCGUCGUCGCCGACUUGGAAGCGCGAGACAUCUCGGAGCGCUGUAGAGUCUGGUCCGAGCCCUCUGUUGUGGAUAAAGCCUUGCACGAGUUCUCCGAGACCGAGCAGUUCCUGCGAGCGGCAGAGGACAUCACGGGCCAGGACUACGUCUGGAAGCGCUACGAUCUGGUGUGUCUGGCGCCGUCCUUCCCCUACGGCGGCAUGGAGAACCCCUGCUUGACCUUUGUCACUCCUACGCUACUGGCGGGUGAUCGCUCUUUGGCGGGAGUCGUCGCGCACGAGAUCGCCCACUCCUGGACGGGCAACUUGGUGACGAACGCGACGUGGGAGCAUUUCUGGCUCAAUGAGGGCUGGACGAGGUGGUUGGAGCGCAAGAUCAAAGCUCGCACGUCUGGUAAAGGAAGGCUCUUGGAAGAUUUCGACCUGGCGACGUCGCAACGCAAUCUAAGUGGUGCAGUGAAGCACUUCACGGAGAUCGGCCAAGGGGCGCUGACUGCAUUAGUGCCACCGAUCGAGGGUGUUGACCCGGACGACGCGUUUUCGCUAGUGCCAUAUGAGAAAGGAAGUACCCUGAUCCACCUCCUAGAACGUACUGUGGGAGAAGAGAAGUUCUCGACCUUCGUCAAGGCCUACAUCCGCGAGUUCCGGUUCACGACCGUGACGACGGCGCAGUUCCGCGCGUUCGUGCAGCGAGAACUCGGAGCCGUCUCGACCAUCGACUGGUGCCAGUGGUUCCACGCCCCCGGUGAUCUUCCCCAGGCUUUGGCUUUGAACGAAUCUUUAGGAGAGAAGGCCGUUUCAUUGGCGAGGCAGUGGCUCAAAAAUGGUUGUGGCGACUUCACGACUCUGGAAGGCUGGACGACGGACGAGAAGGUCGCGUUCCUAGAUGCUCUAGGCGCGGGCGGCGACGACGGCCGCACGCAGUCGGCCGUGUCCCUACAAGUGUUAGAUGCGAUCGACGACGCCUACUCGUUCACCACGGACGCGAACGCUGAGAUUAGGAGCAGAUGGUGCAAGCUGCUAUUGAGCGCGGGGGCCGCGAGAGGCGUCUCCCUAGCAUUGGACUUCGUGACCUGCCAGGGGCGCAUGAAGUUCGUGCGACCCUUGUAUCGCGCGCUCCGGGACUCGCCGUGUGCAAAUGCGAAGGAGACGGCUAUUUCCACCUUCGUCGAGAACGCGGACUUCUACCACCCGAUCUGUCGCAAGAUGGUCGCGUCGGACUUGGGCGUGGACCUGGGCGCGUCGGGUGUUGAUUUGCGCCUCGUGGUCGCGGGCGCGGCGCUCGUCGUUGUCGGUCUUCUUCUUGCGCGGCGGCGGAACUAGUUUCUAAGUAUUAAUAUCUGC